UCUUGCUCAUUCACUCUGGGCUUUGUGUGAGCGUGCAUCGGUGGCACUCUGUGUUAGCCCAUGUCGGGGAGAGAGCAGACCCAGACGAGAGAGAACGAGGGGGAGACCAAAAGCAUUCUCUCUGCACACAGACAACCAAUAAUCAUUCUGCCUGCUGUCAAGGAAGACUAGUACCGGAUACUAGUACCGGAUAUAAAAAAAUAAGUAACAAAGGAAAAACUGGACUGCCUAAGACGAGGAAUAUUCUAUCACUCACUCACGUGUGUGUGUGUGUGUGUGUGUAUAUAUAUAUACAGUUACACACACAGCAGACUUCUAUUGGUGAAGCCAGCAAACUCACUCACACUCUCAGACAGUAAAAGAGGGAGGAAGCUGCCUGGAUCUUGCCAAAGAGGUGUGUGUGUGUGUGUGCAGCGAGAGGAGAAUGGAGGAGGGCUCGGUGUCUGUGGCCCCAGCAUGCAACUCUACGACCACCAACGCGGUGCUGAACAACCACUGCGCCGAUGACAGUAUCUCAGCGGCGAGUGCGUCUGACGUGCAGGACCGUCUGUCGUCUUUGGAGCUGCGUGUCCAGCAGCAAGAGGAUGAGAUCACCGUGAUGAAGGCGGCGCUGGCCGACGUGCUGCGACGCCUGGCGCUCUCCGAGGACACAGCCACCACCGCCAAGAAACAGACUAGCACCAAAGGCCAGACUCCCCUGCGCGAGGCCUACUCUAUGUCCUGCAUCGCCAACGGCAGCUCCAGCAGCCGCAAGCCCAGCCACAGAGACCGAGACAGCUCCACAGUUUCCGUCACCAGGAAGGAUACCUUCUCCUCAGCUGCCAAGAGGGGUCACAGUGCGAAGCGGGGCACGGGAAUGGAGCGUUCACAGAGUAGUACCUGGGAGAGUGGCGAGGAGAGCAGGAACAAGCUGGUGAAGGCUGCUUCCACCUCCAAACUGCUGGCUAAGGUGGUGAAGAACGCAGACAAGCAUAAAGACCCAGUGAUCAGCCAAGCCAAAAUGUCAACCCGUGAGAAAAACAGCCAAGCAGAGGGAGAUUACAUCAAGAUGUUCAUGCGAGGUCGCCCCAUCACUAUGUUCAUCCCCGCGGACGUGGAGAACUAUGAGGACGUGCGCACAGAGCUGCCUCCGGAGAAACUCAAACUGGAGUGGGUGUAUGGCUACAGGGGGAGAGACUGCAGAGCCAACGUGUAUCUGCUCCCUACAGGGGAGAGUGUAUACUUCAUUGCCUCCGUGGUCGUGCUCUUCAACUACGAGGAGAGAACACAGCGCCACUACCUUGGCCACACUGACUGUGUCAAAUGCCUUGCCGUUCACCCCGAUAAGAUCCGCAUUGCCACGGGACAGAUUGCGGGAGUGGACAAGGACGGCCGGCCGCUGCAGCCCCACGUGAGGGUGUGGGACUCGGUGAGCCUGUCCACCCUGCAGGUCAUCGGCCUGGGCACGUUUGAGAGAGGGGUGGGCUCCCUGGCCUUCUCCAAGGCGGACUCCGGUACACACCUGGCGGUGAUUGAUGAUUGUAACGACCACAUGUUGACUGUCUGGGACUGGCAGAAGAAAUCCAAAAUUGCUGAAAUCAAGUCUACAAAUGAGGUGGUCCUUGCGGUGGAGUUCCACCCUACUGAUGCCAACACCAUAGUAACCUGUGGCAAGUCACACAUCUUCUUUUGGACCUGGGCUGGCACCUCGCUGGCACGCAAGCAGGGCAUCUUCGGGAAAUACGAGAAGCCCAAGUUCGUUCAGUGUCUGGCCUUCCUCAACAACGGGGACAUCCUGACUGGAGACUCUGGAGGCGUCAUGUUGAUAUGGAGCCGGAGCACGGUGGAGCCGGCCCCAGGGAAAGGCCCCAAAGGUGCGUACCAGAUCAGUCGUCAGAUCAAGGCCCAUGAUGGCAGUGUGUUCACUCUGUGUCAGAUGAGGAACGGGACCCUGCUGACCGGAGGGGGCAAGGACCACAAGAUCAUCCUGUGGGACCACGGCCUCAACCCAGAGAGGGACAUAGAGGUCCCUGAUCAAUAUGGAACCAUUCGUGCUGUGGCUGAGGGCAAGGGCGAGCAGAUUUUGGUGGGCACGUCGCGUAACUUCGUCCUGAGGGGGACGUUUAAUGACGGCUUCCAGGUGGAAGUCCAGGGUCACACAGACGAGCUGUGGGGGCUGGCCUCUCACCCCUUCAAGGACCUGUUCCUCACCUGUGCCCAGGACAGGCAGGUGUGCCUGUGGAACUCUGUGGACCACUGCUUGGAAUGGACCAGGCUGCUGGAUGAGCAUGGACACUGUGCAGACUUCCACCCUAGUGGUGCUGUUGUGGCCAUCGGUACUCACUCAGGAAAGUGGUAUGCUCUCGAUGCGGAGACCAGAGACCUGGUGGCCAUUCAUACAGACGGCAAUGAGCAGCUGUCAGUCAUACGCUUCUCCGUAGAUGGCACCCUGCUGGCAGUGGGAUCACAUGACAACUUCAUUUACCUCUAUACCGUGUCGGACAAAGGACGCAAGUACACCAGAUACGGGAAGUGCAUUGGACAUUCCAGCUACAUCACACAUCUUGACUGGUCCCCCGACAACAAGUUCAUCAUGUCCAACUCAGGAGACUAUGAGAUCCUCUACUGGGACAUUCCAAAUGGAUGCAAGUACAUCCGUAACCGUUCUGAGUGUAAGGACAUUGACUGGGCCACCUACACCUGUGUGCUGGGCUACCAUGUCUUCGGAGUGUGGCCUGAGGGUUCCGAUGGCACAGACAUCAACGCCCUGAUCAGAUCCCACAACAGGAAGGUGAUCGCUCUGGCUGAUGACUUCUGCAAAGUGCACCUCUUCCAGUACCCCUGUGCCAGACCCAAGGCACCGAGCCACAAAUAUAGCGCCCACAGCAGUCACGUGACUAAUGUGACCUUCAUGCACAACGACAGUCACUUGGUGUCCACGGGCGGGAAAGAUACCAGUGUCAUGCAGUGGCGUCUGGUGGAGAAGACCCCCUCAUUGGUCCCCAGCGACUCUUCCCUCUCUCUGGGGGAGGGGCUCCUGCAUAACUCCAACCCCCGCGUCACCAUCCCAGCAGUGCCCCUGACACCCACCCCCACCGAGCCGGCCGUGACGCCAAUCGCAACCCCAACUCCGCCCUCCGUCCUCGACCUGACCUCUGACCCCCCAGCGGUGCCCUGCGGGGAUACGGCCAUCGUCACGCCUCCCCCACCACCCACCAAGCCCACGACCAAUGGACGGCAGGAGAGCUCCCCUGAAACCCCUCCCUUAUCCGGGAUGACCCCACCUCACUCAGAGUCUACCCCACCCCCUCCCACAGCACGCUGAGCCCCAAGGACAGCCUGGACCCCAGCGAUGACACGGCCACUCCUAGCGACGAGGGCCGCCCUUUCACCCCACCCUCGUAAAGAGCGUCACUUGUGAUGCAGCCUAGUGCGCUCUCCUGCUCAGCACUCCCCCCUGGAGGCACCUCGAUGUCACUGCGUUUCUCAGGAGAAGCGCAGCAGGGUUCAAUAUUUGCUGUUCAGGUUUCCUUUGUUUUUCUUUUUAGUUUCUUUUCAUGCUCUUCUUUUUGUUUUGUUUUGAAGUCUGUGUUAAUUGGAUAAGAAUGGAGGGUGUAAGUGAGACAAGCAGUGAUAUUAGUGGCUGAUUUUUUUUCCGCUGUCACUCGGCCUUGUGUGAGGAGAGAAUGUUGUGGUUGUUCUGGGUCGUACGGUUAAGUCAAGUCUGCAGAUGAAAGCUCUGUGAGAGAGGGACACACAAGCACACAGACGUGCAAACACUAGCACUAAUACACAAAGACACACAAAAUCACACUCCAACAUCACUCCUUGAUCAGCCAAACAGAUGCAGGAUCAUUUACACAGUUCAAAAACCAUUGUAAUGUUGCUAUCAUAGAUACUCAUAUAGUACUUGAUACCAAGUAUUACUUAUGUCUUUAUACACAAGUAUGUUAUGCUACAAGAGCCUAGUGCCUCAUCCCUGAGCCUAGCGAAUGCUAGGCAGGUACCCCUGGCUAAUGCUCACUCCCCAGUCCAGCCCUUUGUCAAUAAUACGCAUGCAGCUAAUAGCACACACACUCCAUCAUUCUGGACUUUCAAUCAGGUGUGUGUGCGUGCGCGCCUGCAGACUGCUUCAUGGCAAUAAGCUGUUCUCUCUGGUAAGAGUCCCUGCAGGAAACUCAUCCAUCCAGCCUCGCUGUAAAGGCCAAAAAGGACUCUGAUGAAUAAUGGUCCAUAGGAUAUCCUGUGGCUCAUGGACAUUAUGACCACACUGAACCACCAGCGACACACGUACCCAGGUGGCUCACUCACCUGCUCGCCCUACCUUAAACGUGCUACCAUUUUUUUGCGUUUCUUUUCAUUUUUAUUUAGGAUUUAGACCUUUUUAAAAGCUCGUUCUGGGGAGUGUUCCUUCUCUGCUCUAUGGACUGAGAUGUUUUUAAGAAAAAAUAUGUUUUUUUUUAAAAAGUCUUGUGUGUGCGAGCUGCCGUUUACACGUUGUGUCAUUCCGGAGGAGGGUUUGUCCAGCUCCCCCCCAUUCUGCAGCAACUCAGGACGGGAUCACGCUCACAGGAAUACACAGCCAACAGAGAGCGAGAGAGACUCUUCUCUUCUACACAGUCUUAUCUUUAUCCCCUCGGUGGGAAUGCGCUGGUACAUUUCCACAGACAUGGCAUAGAGGGGAGAGAGAGAAAGGCUCUUCUGUUUUUCAGCUGGGAAUGGAGAGAGAGUGUUUUUUUUUUAAUGCCUGUCUAUGACUAGGGAGAGAGGGUCCAAUGCUUUCUAUGGCAAGGAAGACUGAAGAAAGGUGGAAGGGAUAUGUACUAAUGUGUAUGUGCUGCAAUGCACAGUAAAGGUUUAGCUAAGUUAUACAGGAUUGAAUGAUGGAAGUAUUUUUCCAGGUUUGUCAUUAUCAGAAAGAAGAGCGAGGACUGUGUAAAAGGCACGUGGUGUAGAUUCAUUUUUUUAUAUAUAUAUAUCCUCUCUGUUGGUGAGAGCUGAGUGAGGGAUUGUAAGUAAAGUGCAUGUCAGUGACGGUGUGGUAAGAUUGGUAGGUGGCAUUGACAGGGUUGUAGUGAAGAGGUAAAGACAUUGGUAAUCCUAGUGAAAGACUGCAUGAGGGCAUGGUUGUAUCAGUGUUAUACAAAUGUUUUCUAACGUUGUCCUCAAAGAUGUAGACUUCCAGCUGGUCCAGCUGACUUCCAACUCUUUCUCUUUUUAUAAUAUAAUUGUCUGUUUUGUUUGGUGUGUGUUUUUCGCAAAUCAACAGCUUGUGCAACAGGGAAUGCUUUAAUGUAGGUAGAUUUUGUCCUGUAGUUUUUGUCAUGUGGUUCUGUAGUUGUAGUGAACAUGGGAUUGCCUUCCCAGAAUGCUCUGCUUCUGAGUGCAUAGAACGUGAACACACUUGUUUAACCCCGUACAAUAUCUCAUGACCUCAGAAUACGCCUCCUACAAUGACAGGUGUCAAUGUAUGACUCAUACCCUAGGACAGGGGUGAAUGACUCAUACCCUAGGACAGGGGUGAAUGACUCGUACCCUAGGACAGAGGUGUAUGACUCGUACCCUAGGACAGGGGUGUAUGACUCGUACCCUAGGACAGGGGUGUAUGACUCAUUCCAUGGAGGGCCUAGUGUCUGCUGGUUUUUGUUUUUUCCUUUCAAUUAUGACCUAGACAACCAGGUGACGGGGGGUUCCUUACGGGUAAUCAGCGACCUUAAUUCACCAAUCAAGUAAAAUGGCGGAGCGAAAACCCACACAUUCGGCUCUCAGUGGAAGGAGGUUGACACGUGCCCUAGGAUAUCUGGAGUCUCUCCAGAACGCUAAAACACCUGUUUUCAGGGCGCCAUGUGGUCUUGCUAGAUCUUCCCAUCCAAUAAUUGUCCAUUUUGUACAUUCAGGUGUGGCUACUUUAUGUAUAUAAUGGUAUGCCUGUGUGUGUGUGUGUGUCUGGUUUAUUCAUCUUGAGAUUAUACAGGUAACUGCCAAAAUAAAGGAAACGCCAACAUAAAGUGUCUUAAUAGGGUUUUGGGCCACCACGAGCCAGAACAGCUUCAAUGCACCUUGGCAUAGAUUCUACAAGUGUCUGGAACUCUACUGGAGGGAUGCGACACCAUUCUUCCACGAGAAUUGCCUUCAUUUGUAGUUUUUUGUUGAUGACGGCGGUGGAAAACACUGUCUCAGGCGCGCGCUCCAGAAUCAAUUGGGUUGAGAUCUGGUGAAUGAGACGGCCAUGGCACAGGAUUUGCAUUGUUUUCGUGCUCAUCAAACCAUUUAGUGACCCCUUGUGCCCUGUGGAAGGGGGCAUUGUCAUCCUAUGGGGGGGCAUAGCCAUGGUAGUCAAGAUAAUGGCCAAAAUUAUACGUUACCCUAAGUAUAUGUUAAUUGUUUAAUUAACUCAGGAAACACACCUGUGUGGAAGUACCUGCUUUCAAUAUAUUUUGUAUCCCUCAUUUACUCAAGUGUUUCCAUUAUUUUGGCAGCUUCCGGUAGAUCCACUGAACCAUUACUCAGUGCUUUCUUUCACCACUAGGAGGCACACUGCAGCUCACCCACAGGCCAAGCAUGUACAUACAUAUGCAGUACAGUGUGGAAUAAUUGCUCUUUGAGUCAUCAUAAACUACGGUCCCAAAUGUGCUCUUCUUCCCCUGGCAGAUGUUAUGGUGGGACAGUGAACUGGCUUUGAGAGUGCCUCCACCCGCAGUCUAUCUGGGGAUGUCGCUCCUCUUGUUAUUCAAGGAUAUUCAUGGCCAACUCAUCUCACCCCAUUUAGGCUCGGUAGUGGUCUGCCAAUCAGAGUCCUACAUCAGAUAUGUCCCUUGAAUGUUGCGCUGAUGAAUUUCCUUGCCAUAGUGAGGGGAGUGGGGGGUGAGGUGAGGUGAGUUUUGCCUAUGUUGGUUAAGGGGAGGGAAAUAUUUUCUUUUAAGGUAGGGAGGGUUAGUAAGGUGUGGGAGAUGUGGACACCAGGGCAUCCUAUGUACUGGGCCCUGACAAGGAUCUGAUAUUUUUGAGAGACCGAGCGGUUCAUUUAUGUCUAUUCAACCAAUCCAUCUUUUGAGGGGAAUUUUUCUGAAGGGCUUGUACAGAAUCAUGUUUUCAAGUUAGAUGGGCUAGUAUCCAAAACACACAAAGGGAAGCGAGUUUAUACACAAAACUCCUUGACUGGUCUGAAACCUCAUCCCUGUGAAUGUAUGUCGAAGUGUCCUGGGGGGGUGUCUUCCCCCAAAACUCCUCUGCAAAAUGGCUGGCACACCCAUGCCAAUCGUCCUAGGGAAAAUUGAGUGGGCAUAUAUGUGUGCCCACUCUGAUUAUCAAGUCUUUGGGUUGGGGGAGGGCAAGGACAGGUGCAACCUUUUGUUGAUAUUCAGAAUAAACGGUCAUCACCACCCAUGAUGAUGGUGAUACUGAUAAUGACAAUGUUGAAAUUAUAUAAUGUUGGUAAGAUAUGACUGACAAAUGUUUCACAUGACAAUGUUUGAGCCAAUCUGUCUCUCAUGCAUUCCUGUCAAUAGACAGAAAAAUACUGAAGAUAAAAUAAAUUAAAAAAAAUGGAAAUAAACAUC